AUGUCGGCACCCAGCGCGCGCCACUGGGAGCAGAACAAGGAGGCGACCGUCUACGUCGGAAACCUCCACGAGCGCGUCACGCCGCGCAUCCUCCACGAGCUGAUGCUCAACGCCGGCCGCGUGCGCAACGUCAACAUGCCCGUCGACCGCGUCAACAGCCAGCACCAGGGCUUCGGCUUCGUCGAGUUCCACACGGAGCCCGAGGCCGACUACGCGCCGCGCAUCAUGAACAACGUUAUGCUGUACGGCAGCCGCAUCCGCGUCAACAAGGCCUCGGCCGACAAGCAGAAGAACGUCGACGUCGGCGCCGAGCUGUUUGUCGGCAACCUCGACGCCAUGAUCGACGAGAAGACGCUGUACGACACGUUUGGCCAGUUCGGCCCGCUGACCGUCGCCCCCAAGAUCGCCCGCGACGAGCAUGGCCUGUCCAAGGGCUACGGCUUCGUGUCGUUUGGCGACUUUGAUGCCUCGGACGCCGCCAUCGCCAGCAUGCACGGCCAGUACAUGAUGAGCAAGCAAAUGUCCGUCCAGUACGCCUACAAGAAGGACGGCAAGGGCGAGCGCCACGGCGACGACGCCGAGCGCAUGCUGGCGAAGCAGGCCAAGGCCCACGGCGUCGCGCCCGCCGUCCAGCCGCUGCCCGCCCACCUGUUCCAGGCCCCGACGCCCAUGGUCGCGCCAGGCGGGCCACCGGGACCGCCCAUGGGCGCCGACCCGCGCAUGGCCAUGGGCAUGAACGCGCCCGCUGGCUACGGCCGGCCUCCGCCCAUGGCCCCUGGCGCGCCUCCCGUGCUCGCACCGCCGCCGGCCGGCCUGCCGGCACGUCCCCCGAGCGGAGCGCCUGCGAACUUCUACCCCCCGCCGCCCGGCUUCCCAGGCGGGCCGCCACCGGGUGCCCCGCCAGGCUUCGCGCCCCCGGGCUUUGGCCCCAGAUGA